UUAUAAGUGUUACAUGUUUAUGUUUGUGAUGGUAUUCUGUGGUGGUAUUUGUCUAUGACAGUAUGCGCAGUAUGUUUGUGGUUUUUAUGGUAAUAUAGUAAUCAAUGGUAAUUAAUUAUGAUCCGUCAUAUUUAUAUUGUACUUAUAGAUAAAUGGAUAGUUUUGACAUUCGCAGUGCUGCAGUAAAUAUUUUGCUGCUUUUGUGUGUCGUUUAAGUUGUGUGUUGUCUAUAUAUAAUCACAAAUAUGCAUUUAAAUGCUGAUAUUUCAAGUGCUCUACAAUUGUUAGAAGACAUUAAAUUAACAAUAAAUGAAUUGGACGAUUUAAAACUUCAAGGGAAUGCAAAUCGAGAGAUUAACGUUCUGGUAUCAGUUUUAGAAAACCCAAUAUUUAGAAGUGUUGUUACUAUACAAGAUUCUCUAUAUGAACUUAACCAACAAUUGGGUCAACAUCCUUCAAUUUUACCAGUAGAUUUUGAUAUAACGUUAACAGGGGAGUUAGCAUUAAAUGUACCGCCUGUAGAACUUUUCGACCCUGGUUAUGCAGAAGAUUAUCAUCAUCCUCAUGAUUUUGAUGAACAAAGAGUACCCUCUGCUCCAGUAUCACCAGGAUCUCCCCAACUUCAUGCUUUCAACGAGGACAAUGUUUUACUCAGAACUGCAAAGUCUUUAACACCAGACUUUCUUUCUACAAAGAACUCUCACGGUCCUGACGAAGAGGAGAAUAUUUAUCGGUCACCAUCAGCAAUUAGUGAUACUUCUAAAGCAGGUUCUGAUGCAAUUUUAAAUUCAGAAUGGGCUCAAGUAGAAGCCAUUGAUCUAAUUAAUGAUGGAACUGGAUUAGGAUUUGGUAUUGUUGGAGUUAGAACUAUGGGAGUUGUAGUUAAGACUAUUUUACCAGGUGGUGUUGCUGAUCGAGAUGGAAGACUUCAAAGUGGUGAUCACAUUCUACAGAUUGGAGAUGUGAAUUUACAUGAAAUGGGCUCUGAACAAGUAGCAACGGUUCUGAGACAAUCUGGAACCCAUGUAAGAUUAGUGGUGGCCCGUCCUGCAGAAUUUUCCUUGUCAUCAGAUUAUAAAUAUCUUAGUUCUUCUGCACCAUUGGUUCCUACACGACUUCUAAAUGAUCCAAAUGAAUUAGAUCAAUAUUUAAUACAACACAAAUAUUCGCCUAUUUUCAAAAACAAUAUUAUAGAAGCUAAUACAAUAAAUAACAGUAACAUUUCUCCAACUAAUUCAGCAUUAGGAUCAACUCCUGGGACCCUUUCUUCACUUAACAUUGAAGCAAAAGUACCAGAAAUGGAGAAGUUUACUGUAGAGCUAAGAAAAGACCACAACGGUUUGGGAAUCACAAUAGCAGGAUAUGUAUGUGAAAAGGAGGAAUUAUCAGGAAUUUUUAUUAAGAGCAUAAGUAAAGGAAGUGCUGCUGACUUGAGUAAAAAGAUUCAAGUGAAUGAUAGGAUAGUAGAAGUAGAUGGUCGUUCCUUGCAAGGAUAUACCAACUUACAAGCAGUUGAAGUGUUAAGAAGCUGUGGAAGUGAAGUUAAGUUGUGUUUAGAAAGAUAUUUACAUGGACCAAAGUUUGAACAGUUACAACAAGCUAUUGCCGCCACGACAUUUUGUAAUUCAAAUCAGAAUCAACGAAUUUCAGGAAAAAGGGAGAUCUCUACUUCAGGAAUGAAGCAGGAUUUGCUGAAGCCCAUAGAAACAAGGAACGAAUUUGUAAAUUUAGCCCAAACAUCGCAAGAGCCCGUGGAGUUAACCCCAACUGAAGCAGAGGCUAUCAAAAAGAAGUGGAAAGAAAUUAUUGGCCAAAAUUUUGAAAUUGUUAUUGCUCAACUGACUAAAUUUGGAGAAAGGGGUGGUCUGGGUAUUAGUUUAGAAGGAACAGUAGAUGUAGAAGAUGGACAGGAAGUACGACCACACCAUUAUAUAAGAUCCAUAUUACCAGAAGGGCCUGUAGGAAAGAACGGAAAAUUACGCUCCGGAGAUGAGCUUUUAGAAGUUAAUGGUCAUAGGCUGCUUGGUAUGAAUCACCAUGAAGUAGUAAGCAUUUUAAAAGAAUUACCAAUUCAUGUAAGAAUGGUUUGUGGCCGUCCUAAUAACGGAGAUAAAAACAAUUUUAAAAUUUUGCAAGAUUCUCCGUUUUGUCAAAGAGGCAAUGCUCUAGGAGGAAGUUUGCAAAAUCUGUUUCCUGCCUCUGAUAGACUUGUCAAAGCCAAAUCGGAUGGUUCGCUAACUACAAGCAUAGGGGUUUCUGGUACUUCCGAGGGCACUUUAAGCAAAAUGAAAUCUAGGUCUUUAGAGCCACUAACUGGCUUAGCAAUGUGGAGUUCAGAACCACAAGUAAUUGAAUUAGUAAAAGGCGAAAGAGGACUUGGAUUUUCAAUUUUGGAUUAUCAGGAUCCCAUUGAUCCAAAUGACACCGUGAUUGUAAUACGCAGCUUAGUACCUGGAGGUGUUGCUCAAAUGGAUGGGAGACUAAUUCCUGGCGACCGAUUGCUUUUCGUAAACGACACCAUAUUAGAAAAUGCUUCAUUAGAUCAAGCAGUACAGGCUCUAAAAGGCGCGCCUAAAGGAAUUGUACGCAUUGGAGUUGCUAAACCACUACCAGUACUUGAUUCUCUCCCUCAUAAUGCUUAAGUGGUUUUUUCGUAUUUACUUCACUCUUUAAGUAGGUACUUGAACAUUCCCUUUUAGUUGUACAAAUUUCUCGAAUGAUAUUGCAAUGUACAUACUGAUUUAAUGCAUACAUAUAUACAUACUUAUCUUUUCAGUAUUAAAUGGAAUGUGUAAUCUUAAUUUGAUAGUUUUUGGAGAUUAAAGAAGUGGAAACAUAAAAA